AGACACAUCACCUUGGCACUGAGCUCGCACUGCAGCUUCAGUAGGACUACUCAUGCCAAUGGCGAUGCACACAUGGUGGCAGAAGGGAAGUGCACCGCCCUCAAGACUUUUUGCUCCCUGCCACAUGCAGUGUAGCUGUUUCAAACAAGGAAAGAUGCGUGUGCUUUGCUGAUUGGGAAGUGGCGUCGGCGGGGAGCGCGCCAUGGACAAGGAGCAGCGCAAUGUGGAGCAGAAGAGAAAGAUAAGGAGGGAGGCAAUCUGGAAGAAGAUUCAUACCACAGUGCACAAGAGACUUGUCAGUGAUCGAAUGAACUCGUGGUAUUUUGCGGAGCCGGUUGAUCCGGAGGCGUUGAACAUUCCCACCUACUUUGAUGUUAUCAAGCAGCCAAUGGACCUUGGCACCGUUGGGCGGAACUUGAAGACUAGACAAUACACAGGUUUUGAGCAGUACGCCUCAGCGGUGCGACUGACUUUUUGCAAUGCCAUGACAUUCAUUGGUCCCACGAACAAUGUGUACAAAGCGGGUGCAUGUCUUCUUAGAGAUUUUGAUGAGGGACUGUGGCCAAGGGUCCAAGAGGACAUCAGCGCUGAAAAGGCACUGACAGAAACUGAGGAUAGGAAAGCCGAGGAGGCCGGGAAGCAGGCAACGUCGAUGAGGGCAGGCAAGGUUGAUAGAGGGGCCAAAUCGCGCGCAGAGUCUGCUUCGCCCAAGUUGCUGGAUGUGGAUGUUGAGCCCCAGGAGUUGUGGCAGGACCUUCAGCGUCUGAAAUCUCUAUACCUGGAUCAAUUGACCAAGCUUGGGGGCCAUGUUUCCUCUGAGCUGACAAGAAUUGAAGAACAAGAGCUGUCGGGGCCUCGAGGUUACUUGAAGGAAUGCCGUAGCUUCGCGGCCACAGCAAGGACCGUUUUACAAGCACCAGACGCCUACACCGCUCUUGUGCUGAAGGAGUGCGUCUUCCCAAACGGCUUGGCGUUCUUUGAGCAGAGAGUGGCUGGAUUUCUCUUGGCCUGGGAAAAGAGUGCCAAAUCCACAGAGGUCUUGAAACAGAAGUCUACCGCAGCUGCAGCUUCGCCGAGCUCCCUGUCUUCUCAGCCGAGCCCGUCGACCACUCCCUCAGCCGCCCUGAUGCCUCCGCCCGCAAAUCCCCUGCCAAUUCCGCAGCUCCCUCCACUUCCGCCGCAAGUGGUUUCGCUUAUACAAGGUCUCGGUUCUCAGCAAUUGCACACUCACAUAACGAAGCUGAAGGAGAGGUUGGAGCAUGAGGAGCGUUGUCAGGGAAGCAAAGCAGUCGGAAGCAACGAAGACAAACUUUGGCGCAUGGGCCUUCUUCGCCAGCAGAUUGACUUCUGUCGGCAGCGUGCAAACGAGCUUUCGGAUGGGGCGGGCGACAACCGAAGCCCACCUGCUGGUGUGCGGAAGCUUGCUGUCGACAGAGGUGAUGUCAGCGGCGUUGCUCCGCCUCAGUCCGGGGGAGUCCCACGAAGUGAACGAAGGGUGCUCGAGCGAAGUAACAAACGGAAGUUGCCAUUUAGUGGUCCAGAAGAGGAAGGGGAAGUAGUGGCUUUCACGGCAGGCGGCACGGGCGCCUCUGGGGGCGACGCCGCUGUCGCCCCAUUGAUCGAAAGGGUUCCCCCGGAGAAGAAAACGGAAACUUCGGACGAAGAGUUUCGUGCCAUGCUGGGGACCUUAUUAAUUCAAGCUGGCGAACUUCAGAAGGCGGCCGCACAGUCUACCGCAGCCGCAGCUUCGCCGAGUUCCCUGUCGUCUCAGCCGAGCCCGUCGACCCCUCCCUCAGCAGCUCUCGUGCCUCUGCCAGCAAAACCCCUGCCAACCCCGCAGCUUCAACCUCUCCCUCCACUUCCGCCGCAAGUGGUUUCGCAUGUACAAGGUCUAGGUGCUCAGCAAUUGCACACUCACGUAACGAAGCUAGAGGAGAGGUUAGAACAUGAGGGACGUCCCCAGGGAAGCAAAGCAGCCGGAACCAAUGUGGACAAAGUCAGGCGCAUGAGUCUUCUUCGCCAGCAGAUUGAUUACUGUCGGCAGCGUGCAAACGAGCUCGCGGAGGGGGCGGACGACACCCCGAGCCCGACUGCUGCGGUGCGGAAGCUUGCUGUCGACAGAGGUGAUGUCAGCGGCGUUGCUCCGCCUCAGUCCGGGGGAGUCCCACGAAGCCUAAGGGGGGUGCUCGAGCGAAGUAACAAACGGAAGUUGCUGUUCAGUGGUCCAGAAGAGGAAGGGGAAGUGGUGGCUUCUACGGCAGGCGGCACGGGCGCCUCUGGGGGCGACGCUGCUGUUGCCCCAUCGAUCGAAAAGUUUCUCCCGGAAACGAAGAGCUGGUCGGACGAAGACUUUCGUGCCAUCCUGGGGACCUUGUUAGCUCAAGCCGACGAACUCCAAAAGAUGGCCACACAGACAAGCAGCGUUCAGAAAACGGCGCCCAUCAGCUCGGCAGAGAUCAGCGAGCGGAGGCUCGAGACUCGGCAGCCCAAGAAGGACUCGACCCCCGAGCUCUCAAGCACGCCGCUUGCCAGCUUCAGCCAGCGAGCGCCUGGGUUGGGACUCGCCCAAUCAAAGCCAGUCGCCGGAGCGGGAGGCAGUGACGUCAUCGCAGAGCCGAGAAAUCCGCAGAAGAGCAGCAGCGUCAGAAAGGCGAGCGCGGCGACCUUGCCUGCGGUAGCGGAGUGGUGCUACGAGGGGCGCAACAAGAAGAUGAGCGGGCCGUACCCGCUGGAUUUGCUGAUGAUCGGGCUGGAUGGCGGCAAGCUGAAGCCGCACCUGCAAGUGUAUAAGAAGAAGAGGGGCGGCUUCUGGCCUCCCGUCAGGCUGCAGGACCUACUGGACGGGACAGUCGACUUGGAAGCCAUGGAGGAGCACAAGGGAAAAGGAGAGGCGGAAGCGGGCGGGGGGGAUCCCCCUCCUCACGGCGGCCGCUCGCUUGCCUUGGCAGGGGUUGAUGCAAGCGGUCUAACUGGGAGCGUUCGGACGGGUCUAAACCGGGUCGGGAACGGGGUUGGGAACGGGGUGGAGGGAGCAGCUGCAAACGGCGUCGAACAGACAUUCGGUCGUAAGUCCGCUAAGAAGCGUUUGAAGGAAGCAUCGCGUGUUACGGAGUCUCUUCUGGAAGGGUCCAAUGUGCACGGGGGUGAUGCGGAACGCAGCCCUGGGAAUGGGGCCGAGCCAGGAGAAAACUUCUUCGGCGUUUCUGGGAACAGGGCCAGCACAGCUGCGGCGGCUGGAGAGGACGUGACUGAGGCCAGCCGAACUCGGGCACAGGGAACUGGUUCCAAACUCGAAGGGAGUGCACAGGAAGGUGCGGUCGGCGGUGCGGACACGGCGUUGAGCGUGCAGGCAACAAACGAGGCCGCAGGGGGGCUGAUUGAGUGGAGAGUGAAGCGGAAGCUUCGGGCGAGGGGUUUGAGUGCAGCUGGAUGGCAAAUCGGGAAAGCACUGUGGGAAUCGUAGGAAGCGGAACGCGUACCCGGGGCCCCUUCUAUGGCUGGGGUGGGCGAGUAUGCCCCCCCCGAAAAGAAGCAGAAGAUUAAGGUUGUGGUGAUAUCCCGCUUACCUCUGGAAAAGGAGCCGGAGCUUGCUGACGGUGCCGUACAAAACACGGAGAAUCUGAAACUCACGAAGCACAAGCACAAUCCAACGCAAUAGGCCACGAACUCGAAUGUAUGUGCCAUCUGCGAAGAGGAGUGGGACAAUGCGCGUCGGAGGACGGUAAUCGUCCCUAGCCGAAAGUACGAAUGCGGGCAUGCUUUGUAUUGCAACCAGUGUCUGGAGAACUUCUUUGAAAGAAUGCGCAAAGUGAAAGCAGGCACGUCCACCUAUGAGUGCCCAAGUAAGUGUAAUCUAGGUCCGAAGAUGCCAAGGUUGAUGCCUGUAUUUAUUGGUUCCAAGCAUAUGAGAAACAUCCAAUUGUAGACUGGAUGACUUGAGCAAGUGUAGUCAAAGACGCUGUGAGCAGUCACUUCGAGCAGGUAUCCAUAAAAUGCUUUCGAUUGAAA